AUGAAGUAUCGGAUUCUACUGAGCUCAUUGCUUCUAGGCAGCCAGGCUUUGGCAGCUCCUUCUCCCAAGAAAGAUGAGACACCUUGUGUCAGUUCACUCGGAGGUCUCCGAGUCUUACAUUACAACAACUUGGGUCCGCAGAAUAACGGCACCUCUGCUAUUCUUGCUCAGGACAGACUGAGCUAUUCAGACGCUGUUACCAAGUGUGCAGCUAUCGGCGAGAAGCCUCAUCCCUGGUCUUCGACAUGCUCGAAUAAUCAGACUGAGCUUGGUUACGAACUGGACUAUCUUGUCUUGAUGGGAGAACUCCGAGAUCAUGACUUUCUGUGGAUCUCCAAUGAUUCAAAGCGAGGGAAGAGCUGCCAUGCUUUGUCAAUCUCUCAAAAGAAGCUUGUCCAGAAGUCAUGUAAAGACAAGUAUCCAGUCCUCUGUACAUCCACUCCGCCUCCGACAACCGACCUGGACGGGACUGCCAGAGACUCGACAAAGCUGGUCGUUCAAUCCAAGGAUCUUACUGUGACAGGAUAUCGCGAUGCUCGGUCUUUUCGUUUCCUCGGUAUCCCCUUUGCCAAUCCCCCCGUCAAGGAUUUGCGCUUCGCUCCACCACAAGCAUACACCGGCCCCAAGAAACUUGAUGCGACGACCAUGGCGGACGCGUGCAUCCAGUCUCUUUCAAGCUUUGGAACACUGGGCGUUGGCGGAACCUCCGAGGACUGUCUCUAUCUGAACGUGUAUACUCCAGCCCUUCCCGCCGCCGUAACCAAGAAGACCGCGCUCCGCCCUGUUGCCGUUUACCUCUAUGGAGGUGCGUUCACAAAGGGUAACGCUGCGAUGGUCGACUAUGACGGGGGCAACUUUGCCAGUCGCAGCGAUGUGGUUGUCGUCACUCUCAACUACCGCGUUGGAGCAUUGGGUUACUUGUCUACUGGGAACCUCACCACCGGAAGUUACGGUUCCCACGACCAGAUCAUGGCAUUGAAGUGGGUUCAGAAACACAUCUCAUCAUUCGGCGGUGAUCCCUCCCAUGUCACUGUCUUCGGUCAGUCUGCCGGUGGACAAAGUACCGUGGCACUGCUCUCUUCAACAGCAGCAAAGGGCCUCUUCUCCGGUGCCCUGGUGCAGUCCGCACCCAUGGACCUCCCAUGGUUCCCUCGCGGUCUCUACGCCAAUUAUAUCGCCCCCGAAGUAGGAAAGGCCGUCGGCUGCGAGAAUACCACUUCGGAGAAAUCCUUCCUCGACUGUCUUCGCUCGGUCCCAGCUUCGAAAUAUCUGGAUAACUCAACCGAGUUCCAGGCUGCCACAGCCGCCAUCUCAUCCAGUAUUGCCGAGCACUUUUACCAGAAUACAGUCCUUCUUUCCGCAACAGAGCCCUUCAUGCCAAUGGUCGACGACUCCGGCUCCGGUGUCAUCGACGACCAAUUCCACUCCCUCCUCGCAUCCAAAAAGCUCCCAAUCCGAGUCCCAACAAUGUUCACAACCGUCCGCGACGAAGCAAGCCUCUACACAGGCCGCCAGGUCCCAAACCUUGGCUCUUCCCAGGCUGCCCUGGACCUCCUCCUGAAAACAACAUACGGCAGCGUCCUAGCCCCGAAAAUGAUCGCUUCGGGCGCGUUCAAUGUCGUCAAAUCGGACUCUGAUGGUGUUCGUAAUGCGGCUUCCGCGGCGCUGACGUUUAGUGAGUGGACCUGUGCUCAGGGGUAUCUUGUCAAUGAAGCUAGAGCGGUCUUGCCGUCUCUGUUUGAGGUUGAGAUUACCGAUGGCCAUGUCCAGACGACGGUUGGUGUGCCGGAUAUUUGCUCGCCGAAUGGGGACUAUAAUGCCUCUUGUCAUUCUUCUGAUGUCUUGCUUGCGUGGGGCACGUUGAAUUCAAAGACGAAGAAUGUGGAUCCGUAUCGUGGUGAUGAGGAGAUUCGUCACUCGCAGCUGCUUCAUGAUAUCUUUGCUUCGUUCUUUAGGACGAGGGAUCCGAAUCCUGAUUUGAGGGUUUUGAGGGCUCGGGGUCCGGCUUAUGCUGCUACUGUUGGUGUCUUUGCGAAAGGGGAGAUGAUUUCUUCGCAUUCUUCUCAUGGCCAUGGUGGCAAGGGGUACUCGAUUGAACAGUAUCGUCCUUCUCAGCGGAACUUGACUCUUUUGGGGAUGCCGCCAUCGCAAACUGGUAACUUUGAGGACUCGGAUCAGUGUGCUGUUUUCCGGGAUUAUGGAUUUACUUUCCAGAGGGCGAAGUUUACUGAUUAA